CAUAAAUAGCAUUGCCUCCCAAUAUAUGUAUAUGUAUCCUACACUCCACUCCAUUCCAUUCCAUUCACUAGCUACUGCUUUUCAUCAAUUGAGAAAAUAAUGAAACCGCUGCUUUUGCUUCUUGCCUUAAUAUUAAUGGCUAUUGAGAGUGAUAAUGUGUUGGCAGAGACGACGGUUUUCGACACGGGAGGAUUGAACAGAGAGAGCUUUCCAAAGGGUUUUGUGUUUGGUACAUCAACUUCUGCAUAUCAAGUAGAAGGUGCGGCUAGCAAGGAUGGUCGUGGACCUAGUGUUUGGGACACUUUCAUCAAACAGCCCGGACGUGAGCCAAAUAAUGCAAGUGGAGAGGUCUCCGCGGAUCAGUACCACCAUUAUAAAGAAGAUAUUGAUCUAAUGGUGAAGCUGAACUUUGAUGCCUACCGUUUCUCAAUUUCAUGGUCCAGGAUUUUCCCAAAUGGAACUGAAAAAAUAAACUGGAAGGGUGUUACUUAUUACAACAAGUUGAUUAACUAUAUGCUCAAAAGAGGCAUUACCCCAUAUGUUAAUCUUAAUCACUACGAUUUACCUCAAGCACUUCAAAAUAGGUAUAAAGGAUGGUUAAGUCGUGAAGUCGUGAAAGAUUUUGCUGAUUAUGCAGAAUUUUGCUUCAAUACAUAUGGAGAUAGAGUGAAGAAUUGGUUCUCAUUUAAUGAACCAAGAGUUGUUGCUGAUCUAGGAUAUGAUACUGGAUUCUUUGCACCUGGAAGGUGUUCUAAAGCAUUUGGUAACUGUACAGCAGGGGACUCUGCAACUGAGCCUUACAUUGUUGCACAUAAUCUGAUCUUGAGCCACGCUGCUGCAGCUCAUAGAUAUCGCAAAAACUAUCAAGAGAAGCAGAAGGGAAAAUUUGGAAUAAUAUUGGAUUUUGUGUGGUACGAACCACUGACUAGAUCGAAAGCUGACAAUUAUGCAGCUCAAAGAGCAAGAGACUUUGAAUUGGGAUGGUUUUUGCAUCCUCUAGUACAUGGAGAGUACCCGAAAACAAUGCAAAAUAUUGUUGGAAAUCGGUUACCUAAAUUCACAACAGAAGAGAUUAAGAUGGUGAAAGGAUCAAUAGAUUAUGUGGGCAUAAAUCACUAUACUACUUUUUAUGCAUAUGAUCAUGUAUCCAAACUAAAAGCCCUUGCCUACCAGCAGGAUCAGAACUGUGGAUUUGCUUAUGAUCGCAAGGGAGUACCAAUCGGUCCUAGGGCACACUCCUAUUGGCUCUAUAUUGUGCCUUGGGGUCUUUACAAAGCUGUCAACUAUGUAAAAGAACACUAUGGAAAUCCUACCAUCCUUCUAUCAGAGAAUGGUAUGGAUUAUGCAGGGAAUAUAUCCCUUUCAGAGGCAUUGCAUGACACGAAAAGGAUUGAUUACUACAGAAGUUACUUGGCCGAACUAAAGAAGGCUAUCGAUGAAGGAGCUAAUGUCAUAGGCUACUUCGCGUGGUCAUUGCUAGACAACUUUGAAUGGAGAUCUGGUUAUACAUCUAGAUUUGGUAUUGUCUAUGUUGAUUACACAACACUUAAGCGAUAUCCGAAAAUGUCUGCCUAUUGGUUCAAGCAAUUACUUAAGAGCCACAAGCAUUAAGCUUGAACUUUCCCCCUUUUAUUGCAUCUUUUUCAUUAUAAAUGUAUGCUUGUUCCGGAUAUAUUAUUAUUGACUUUAUUUCAGUGA